AUGGUCGUCGACUAUCUGGGCUCCGAGUUCCAGGCCUUCCGCACCCAAAAUAUCACAAGUCGUUCCCGGCUUGAUAAUUCUCAGUCAUUGAGUACUUUUACCUCGUUGCCUUCACUUCGCUGCUUUUCUUCGGCCGCUGCUAAUGGUAAGGCCGAAACGUCAUCAGCGGAUUCCGCCACAGAAUUUAACGCCGCCACCGUUGCCUCGAAAAAACGACUUUCGAUGUUACGAAGACGCCGAAGGCAUAUCAAAGCAUCGAAACAAAAAUUAUCGAAACAGAAGAACGCCGUGGAGUACGUUCCCAUGGUUCCACGAAAACGUGAUGCAUACUUAGCUUUGUUCGACAGUUUGGCUUCACACCACGCCCUAAGCUGCAUUGAUGAAGCCCUAGAUAUACUGCGAAAGCUGGCCAAAUCAAUUGCUAAUUCAGUCGUUCCUUUAAUAACUGCUUUUGCCUCUACGUUGCAUACCUCAAAUUCAAGCCAGGUGCUACAGAUACAAAUCUUGGAGUUUUUGUUGUCGACCGAACGCAAAGCAAAAGAGAUACCGAAAGGAGAGGUUGAGUCUACCGGCGCCGGCGAAGAAAGAGAGACUUAUUUUAAAAAAGACCACAAAUCUGAAGAGACUGGUGCAACGGUAGUCCAGGUGUAUAAGCAUGCUCGGGAACGUGCUUUGGAACAAGAGCUCCUUUGGAAAUCCAAAUUCAAAGUGUCGGACCGAGUGGCAAUACAGCGAUUAAGAUUACAGCAGCAUCGAGAGAAAUCUGACGAUGAUCUAGAAAAAGAUGCCGUGGAUUUGGUGGAUUUUCUAAAAGAUUCUCUAACAGCCCACCAAUUCGAUAUGCUGGCCAAACUCUUCCAAAAUUAUACUUCGACAAACGAUGGCAUUGAUGAGGACUCUACCGCCAAGAAUGGCGAGGAAAGGGAACCCGCUACCUCAAGCAGAAAACGUGUUAUGCGCAAGCUGUCGACCAAGCUGGAACGAGCUACCGGUACGCAUUUUGCUUUAGUUGCCACCAAAGUUGCAAGUUUCUUCUAUAUGGAUGACAUCGAAGUAUCGGAAGACGACAAGGUACUAAAGGCAAAGGAGAAAUGGAAGUCGCAACGGGACAAAUUUGCUGAUAUUCUAUUGCGCUUGCAAGAAUUACUUGUGGAAUGUAUGGAAGAGAUACGGUCUGAAAUGUCAGCAGCUGGUACCGCUGAUCCAAGCCUAGAAAAUAUUGUUGCUGGGAUAAGGAAAAAUUCAGACCUUGAUCCACCUACCGAGCCAACGACAAAACCUUCUCUACCAAAGAUACGACAACAUCACCUUGUCUUUGAUGCCAUGGUGUUGCACGAAGCGACAGAGGAGUGGUACCAUACUGACGCUGCAGUUUCCGUUUUCAAUUUACGGCCGUCAGAGAAUAUCGUCUUUGUAGACAAUUUACCAAUUGAUAUGUCAAUUUCUGAGCUUGAAGAUUUGUACCAGCGAUGCGGAACGCUGCAGUCGGUGCAGAUUUUCAAUCAACGUCCUGAUCUGGAUCCCGGUCCUUUGAAUAGAGCUCAAUUACGGGAUCGCGUAAAGCGUCAGGUGGGAAGCGUUAGUCUACGUCAGAAACGAUGGCAGCGACCACGCACACCAGUUUACGGAAUUUUACAAUUCGAGGACUCUGAUGGUUACAGAGCAGCAGUGGACGAUUCCCUGCGUACUUUUGGCAUCGUAGUUCGCAAACAUCCAAUGCGCAGUAUACGUGCGUCUGAGAUGACUCGUCUUUAUGUUGAAAGUGUACCAGCGGGUAUCCCCGGUAUCGAUUUCGAGUACAUGCUGAGUCAGCUGCUCAAACCGGAAGUGUUCGUUAGCCUUGAUGUUGGACAAGACAAGAGUGCCAUUUACUUCAACAAAGAAACGAAGGAAGUGGAUCUAAAUUGA